AUGUCCUCCAGAAUGGACUGCAGAGACAGAGGAGCAGAUCUGGUGGUUAUUAACAGCCCUGAAGAACAGAACUUCCUCUCUACGAUCACCACAGAAGUUUGGAUUGGUUUGAAUGACAAAGAACAGGAGGGAAUGUGGAAAUGGGUAGAUGGGACUCCACUGACUCUGACGAACUGGGGAAGAGAUCAGCCUGAUAAUGGUGGAGAAGAGGACUGUGUUCAUCUCGGAGGGGAUAAACAAAAAUCUUGGAAUGAUCUUUGGUGUUCAUCUUCUUAUCAAUGGAUCUGUGAAAAAGUUCCAUAAAACAACUGAUUUCAGAAAGAUGAUCUAUUCAUAAAUG